ACAAGGUUCAUAAGCCAAAUAUGCUCAAGUCCUAUUUUGGACCAAAACGGUACACGGGAAAAAUUGAAUCAUGUGAAAGGGUGUACAUUCCAAUUAAUGAUGCGGGUGAACAUUGGUAUAUGUGUGUGGUAUACAUGCGACAACAAGUGGUAUAUAUCCUUGAUCCGUAUAUAUCAAGAAGAAGUAGAACUCGGCCAACUCAAGUAAAAAAAGUGGUUGAAGUGUUACAUGACUUAUUGGGAAUUCAGUACAAGAAUGCAUAUACAAAUAAAAUUACCGAGUUUCCAAUUAGAACACUUGAAUGGCUUCCACAACAAAGUAAUGGCUAUGAUUGUGGAAUGCACGUCAUCAAGUAUUUUGAAUUGGUGCAAUUUAUUGAUUCCGAAGCUUGUUUGCUUCAAUUUGACUCGUGGGAUGCUAGACAAAGAUUAGCACUGGGCUUAGUUCGAGAUGCAAACAAUAAAAUUGGGUCAAGAGUGAUAGAAUUGGCUUGUGAUAGAUAAUUGUCAUGUAUCAUUGAUGUUGUUGCAUGUUCAUACUUGAAUUAUGUGAAUUUCAAAUGAAUUUGUUUUGGAGAGGAUGUAGAGCAAAUGGAUUUUAAUCGUAUGAU